UAGUAAAAGCAGAGCAUUUUGGCGUCGAUCCAGUUAAGAAAUUCCCAUGUGUUCGCCGACCUGAUGGCAGUCUCCAUUGUCUGGGGAAGACGAAAGGCAGGAAACAUCCGUAUGUACGUGCAGAAGUCCUUCAACGACUUCGUCGUUUCUAUGCCCCUGAGAAUCAGAAAUUCUUUCGAAUGAUUAAUCGAUCGCUUGCUUGGU